GUCAGUGUGGUGGGAUAGAGGAGAGGGAGGAGGAGAGUGAAUGAGAAGCUGCUGCUGCUGCUGCCGCCUCUCUGUCUUCUUGUCUGCAUGCUGCUCGUCUGCUGCUGCUGCUGCUGCUGAUGAACUGAAGCUGUAGCUGGGUUUACCGCUGUCACACCGCACUGACUCGGGGCGCAGCCACGGCUCCGGCCGCCACCCCGCUCUCCUGUUACCGGCACAACGGGAAAACAAGGGACGUACGUGCUCAGCAGGCUUUCUCCAUCACCGAGGAGGGACGCGGCAGCUGCUGCUGCUGCUGCUGCUGCUGCAGAGGGGCCUGACUCUUCACUUUAGGCACCAGCUGCAACCUCAGCCACCUCAUCCACUCCUUUCCCCCAACAUCACCACCACCAUCUCCUCUCCUGCUCCUCCCUAUGCCCUUGUCCUCGGCGGCUCCUCUCACCUCCCUGGCCAGUAUAUGGAUAGAAGCUCCCUGUUUCAGCUCAUACAAGAGCAGCUGGACCCAGAGAACACCGGUUUCAUUGCAGUGGAGAACUUCACCAGCUUGGUGGAGGACCAUGAGCUGCAGCUGGACCCGUCCAAACUGGACAUGCUGUUAGCCCUCGUCCAGAGCAAUGAAGACGGACAGGUGUGCUACCAGGAGCUCAUCGAGCUGAUGAGCAGCAAGCGCUCCAGCAGUUUCCGACGAGCCAUCGCCAAUGGCCGCCGCACGCUGCAGAGGGAGAUCCUGCUGGACGAGACGGGACUCGGCCUGUACAAGCGCUUUGUGCGCUACGUGGCCUACGAGAUCCUGCCCUGCGAGACGGACAGACGCUGGUACUUCCACCAGAACCGCCUCUGUCCCCCGCCCGUCUUCAUCGCCAUAGUCACCAUCGUCCAGAUUAUUGUGUUCAUGUGCUACGGCAUCAUGCUAAACAAGUGGGUGCUGCAGACCUAUCAGCCCGACUUCAUGAAGAGCCCUCUGGUCUACCAUCCCGGCCACCGUGCACAAGUGUGGCGCUUCUUCAGCUACAUGUUCAUGCACGUCGGUUUGGAGCAGCUGGGGUUUAACGCGUUACUGCAGCUGAUGAUCGGCGUGCCUUUAGAGAUGGUCCACGGCAUCUUACGAAUAAGUCUGCUUUACAUGGCGGGAGUCCUGGCUGGUUCGCUGACAGUGUCCAUCACAGACAUGCGUGCUCCAGUGGUGGGAGGCUCCGGGGGGGUCUACGCUCUGUGCUCAGCACAUCUGGCCAACGUCGUCAUGAACUGGGCCGGGAUGCGCUGCCCCUACAAGCUGCUCCGCAUGAUUCUGGCACUGGUCUGCAUGAGUUCAGAAGUAGGCCGCGCGGUCUGGCUCCGCUUCUCGCCGCCGCUGCCGUCCUCGGGGCCUCAGCCCAGCUUCAUGGCUCACCUGUCGGGGGCCGUGGUCGGCAUCAGCAUGGGGCUCCUGAUCCUGCGCAGCUACGAGGAGAGUCUGCAGAAGCAGUGCUCCUGGUGGGUCAUUGUCUUCUCCUUCAUCACCUUCCUCCUCUUUGCCAUCUUCUGGAACAUCUUUGCGUACGAGCUCCUGGGAGUACAGAUCCCUCCUCCUCCCUGACGAUGCUCUCCCCCCUUCUCCCCAAAGCUCUCCUCCACACACACACACACACACACACACACACACCUGACUUCUACUCCAAACAAAGGUUCUCUUUUUCAACCGUGCCAUUUCCUCUCAACUUAGACCCAAAUGAGGCGAUGUGACGUCAUUCAAACUAAAAAAAAAACCAAGA